UCAUCGUCACUGUUACCGACCACUUUUUUUCUUCUUUCGAGAAAUCCAGAAACAAGCAAGCAAACCUGACCUAAAAAGCCAAAAAAAAACAGAUGUCGCUCCAAGACUAUCCGAAGUUCUCUCGUUCCGACAUCAUAACCGUCCUCGCGGAGGCUAACAUCGCUUCCGUCAAAGAUGCCGAUCUCAGAAACCCUACUUUCGAUUCCGUCUCCGACCUUUACACCAGGAUCCUCAUCUACCUCGACGUCAUCACCGAAGAAGACAAAGGACAAGUCGAUUUCGAGGCACUGGAGCAGCUGGAGAAUCCAGACCACCACGUCACGUCAGCUCCGGCUAUGAUUCUCUACGUCAAACUCAAACACACGUUAGAGAUGGUGGAUUGUCCACUCAACAUCAAUUUCAAGGACAUGAUACGUCCUGACUCCUCCCGAACCGAGUUUUUCAUCAGUGCUCUUUUGAACUACGCUCUACACAAGGAUUCGAAAAUGGAGCUUAUAAGACCACUGGCGGAAGAGUUGACUCUUCUUGAUGAGCAACGGAGGCAAGCUGAGGCUAAAGUUGCUCAGUUGAAGGCAGAGAUUGCAGAGUUUGAUGAAGCUAGUGAAAGGGAUUCGCCUUUCGUUCAAGAGCUAGAAGUGAGUAUCCAAGAACUCAGUCAGAAAAUAGCGGAACUCAAUAACGAGCAGGUCUCACUACGAGCUACUUUUAACAAAAUGAAAGAGGAGAGUACACAGCUGGAUGAAAAGAUUUCGAAAGCAGAGUUUGACCUUGUGCAAGCUGUUCAAGAAAAUGGAAACUUACGCUCACUGAUUGUUCAGUCCCCAGACAAAUUGCAGGGUGCUUUAGAAGAGAAGAAACUAGUUCUCGAGGAAACAAAGAAAGCUGAAAGAUUAGCAAUGGAAACUUUCCAGGAAAAGGCUGCUAUUCUUGAGGUUUAUGAAAAGGCAUUCAAGAAAAUAUCAAAGUCAUCGGCGCAGCUGCAACUAAUUAACGAACAGGUAACCAAUGUCAAAGCAAUUGAGAAAGACCUAAAAGCUCAGAAAGCUAAGCUAAAUGAGGAUAAGGCAUUAUACAAAUCACUUGAGGCAAAAGUGGUUGAGCGGGAAAGAACAGUGAAACAGUUGCACGAAUCAUUGAAGCAGUUAGAGAAAGAGAAACAAGUCAUGUUUGAUGAUUGGAUGAAACAACUGAAUGAAUUAAAACAGGAAGUUGAAUCCAGAAGACGUCAACUUGAAUCCAGACAACAUGAUGUUGAAGCAGUAGUAGCUAUGGUUGAUGAGAAUGCUGCCAAGACUAACCAGGUCAAACAGUCAGGACAAGCUAAAGUGAAACAGUUGGAAGCUAAAUAUGAAGAGAUCGUGAAGCAGUUUCAUGAAUACACGGUGAAGUUUGGAGCGGUUCUGCCAAGCUUCCAAGAGGGAAAGAAGGUUUGAAUGAGCUAAGUGAAAGUAGAGACGAGUAGAAAAGAUUAGCUUUUGUUUGUCCAAACUUGUCAACACUAUUAUCUUGGUAGAAGCUGCUAACUUCGGAGCUAAUAAUUGCAUACAUGCAUACAUUACAACGUAAUUUCGUAGACGUGUUAGAAGAAGUUGAGGCUUACAUAGAAUUUUUCAAGUAA